AUGGCAACAAAUUUCGAGACGUCGUUGAAUUUCGGCGAUGAUCGAGGUGAUCUUACGAUCAGAACAGACCAAACCAUGAGUGUUUCGAUGAGUUCAGUUGAUUUCAGACACCCUUCAAUCGUGCUCUCACACGUAUCGUUUCGGGCAGCCGCAAUAUUCUUUUACGUUUUUGCGUAUUUCUUCACGAACUCUUUCAUCAUUCAGUUUCUCGUCAUUUUGACACUGUUGUCGAUAGACUUUUGGACAGUGAAGAAUAUCACAGGCAGAUUGUUGGUUGGACUUCGUUGGUGGAAUUUCGUGGAUGCUGAGGGCAACAACCAUUGGAGAUUCGAGUCGGCGAAGGACUCGAGUCGUUUUGAUCCACUGGAACGACGUGCUUUCUGGGGUGCGUUGGUUGUGGGACCGUUGAUGUGGGCGAUUCUGGUAUCGAUAGCGUUUUUGACGUUGAAAUGGGAGUGGAUGAUAGUGGCUUUGAUGGGACUGAUGAUGAACGGAGCGAAUUUAUACGGAUAUUUGCGUUGUAAAUGGAGUAGCACGCAGGAAUUCACAAAUUACCUUUCGAAAUGGGCAUUUUUAUCGAUGCUUUCAAGACAGAAUCCGGCUCAGUCUCAACAACAGCCAGCGGCCAUGUCACAGACAGUAUAA